AUGUCCUUUAAGAUUAUUUUUCUGCUGAAUUGUAGAUUACAUUGUUUUUUACACUUUAAAUCGGAUGGGUUUUUAUGCAUUGACAUUGAAAUAUUACAGACCAUAGAAAUAGAAAAUCUUCCUCGAGCACUACGACGAUACGCCAAACAAGUUGACGAAUUGAAUCUUAUCAGAAUCAAAGAAAUUUUUGCAAAGAAUUUUAAGAAUAUUCGAGCGCUGGUUGCGCUGUUAAUUCUGGCUAUAUCCAUUUAUUUUUAUACAAUCUUGGCCGUGAAACAGGAGACUUUUCUUGAAGAAAUCGAUCAGGAGGUUGCUGAGGAAAUGGAUACUAAAACUAGCAAAAAAUAA